CAGUUGUAUGACCAGUUUGCUUGAUUUUAAACUGAUAAGUGAAGGCAAUUGAAUCAAUCACUCAUCAAGUUAAUAAUGCUAUUAGUAAAGUGUAAUAUUAUAUUUAUAAUAUUUUAUUUAUCAUAUUCAGUCGGGUGGAAUUUUUCAAAAGUUAAUUUACCUAAUGACGUUUUUAUUUGGCGAUUUUCAAUUUGGAAAAAUCGAGUAUUCCUUGCUGUUCCCAGAUGGGGAAAAUCAUCAAACAAUUCAGUUACGUUAUUAGAAGCCCCUUGGAUAGAACCAGAAGUUUUUAACCUCAUGAAUAUUCCAUCACCACCAGCAACAGCAUUUUUGAGUACUGAAAUACAAUCUUUAGGCAAUGAUUGCAAAAAUUUACAAUCAGUUACUGGUUUAGAUAUAGAUAAUCAUGGUCGCCUAUGGGUAUUAGAUUCCCCUCAAGAUAUCGAGUGUCCGGCUAAAAUAAUAAUUUAUGACUUGCAUAAUAAUGAAGAAAUAUCCCGCGAAAAUCUCACAGGUAUACCAAGAAAAAAUUUAAAAUGUUUAGUGAUAGAUCCUGUGAUUGGUCCAUGGGGACAUCGAGGUUAUGUUGGAGAUUCUGGCGAUGAAUCAAUUAUUAUUUUAAAUAUCGGCCAUACAGGACAGCGGAAGUGGUGGAAACUGCAUUUACAACAUGGGCCAACAGUACCACGUGUCUAUACAAAUGAUUUAGCAAUAUCGAGAAAAAAUAAACGUCUAUACAUAACAGGAACAAAUUCCCUCGAUCUAUUUUACAUUGAUCUAGAUAAUUUACGAAAUAAUGAUCGAUUAUUGUUAUCGAAACAUAAAAUUGUCGAAAAAAGUCACAACGUUUCGUGGGCGGGUGUUAAAUUGGGUACUUCAACUGGACUACUCUGUGAUUCCAAGGACGGUCUUCAUUACUUCCUUGUAUCGGAAUACGCGAGUGUACGCUGGGAUACCAAAUACGAUUUGAAAGCGGCGAGUCAUUUAAUUCUUUUGCAGAGUGAACGAGUACUCAGCAUAACUGAUUAUCGAAUGGAUUCAUUAAAAAAUGUCUGGGGUAUUACUAAUCCUUUGUAUAAAAAUAAUAACAGCAUUGAUACAAUACAUAAUUGGAAUUUAACGAGUAGAAUUGUAAAAAUUUCAGAGUGUAAUCAAUUUUAAUUUCUUUUUUUUUAAUUUAUUAUAUUACAUUUUAUAUAUUUUUUUUGUAUUAAUACAGUCGAUGACAUGAAUUGAAUAUAAAGGAAAAAAAGAGCUAA